UUUGAUUAAUUUGAAAUUAAAAAUAGCAAUUUUGCUAGAAACAGCUUUAAAAGUCAACUUAAGGAAACUUAUGCGUGAUUGCAAAAAAUGUCUAAUGCACAAGAAGAAACCCUUGACGUAUUAGUUAUUGGUGCAGGAAUAAGUGGUUUGUCGGCUGCAUAUCUUUUACAAAUGCAUGAUGAAGAUUUGAAAACUGUUGUUCUCGAAGCUAGAGAUAGAGUUGGUGGACGAACCCACACGUUAGUGCGAGAUGAAGUACACUAUGUCGACCUUGGUGGCUCUUAUGUUGGACCGACACAAAAUCGUAUUCUCCGUAUGGCAAAGCAUCUUGGCGUUAAAACUUACAAAGUGUACACUUCGGGGAAAAAUACAGAACACUUUGGAGGACGACCAUCAUUUUUUGAUAGCGACGUGUCAACAUGGAAUAUAAUAGCAAUUUUAGAUUAUUACGCACAGAUUCGUCAACUGGACAGCAUGUGCGAUCAAGUAUCUGUUGUUUCCCCUUGGGAAGCUAAACAUGCCAAAGAAUGGGACUGCAUGACAGCCAAGGAAUAUUUUGACAAAUCUUGUUGGACGAACUAUUCCAAGAAACGAAUGUACCAAAUCUUUCAUGAUGCCAUGGCCGCCGAACCAUAUGACAUGUCUUUGCUUUAUUACUUAUGGUAUUUAAAAAGUGCAGGUGGUGUCUGUCGAAUUGCUGAUGUAGAAAAUGCAGGUCAAGAACGUAAAUUUAAGGGAGGAUCUCAACAGAUCAGUCAAAAAAUUGCAGAGCUAUUGGGUGAGAAGGUAAUAUUGUCAUCACCAGUGUAUAGUAUUGACCAAAGAGCUGAUCAUACAAUUGUGAGAUGUUUAAAUGGUAACAUUUACAAAACAAAAUAUGUAAUAAGUGCUAUACCCCAUGCUUUACUGAGAAGCAUCUCAUUUUCACCUCCAUUGUCACCUUUAAAAAACUCAAUAAUUCAAAAAAUGCCCAUGGGAUCUGUGAUCAAGACCAUUACUUACUAUGAAGAGGCUUGGUGGCGUGAUCAAGGUCUAUCUGGAGUCUUGAUAGCUGGUGCAGAAUCAGGUCCUGUGUAUGUAAGUCUUGAUGACACUAAGCCUGAUGGUUCUUAUCCAGCAUUAAUGGGAUUUAUAGUUGGCGAACAGGCACGCUUGUGGUGUAAUAAAAGUGGUGAAGAGAGAAAACAAGCAGUAUGUGAACAAUACGCAAAGGCGUUUGACAAUGAGAAAGCUCUGAACCCUCGCUAUUAUGUUGAUAAAAACUGGCCUGCAGAAAAAUAUUCCGGGGGAUGUUACGUCAGCGUUUUUCCAUGUGGAGUAAUAACGAGCUUUGGAGAGGCAUGGAGAAGUUCUGAAGGCAAUGUAUAUUUUGCUGGCACUGAAACUGCGACAAAAUGGGCAGGAUAUAUGGACGGGGCUGUUGAAGCCGGUGAAAGAGCAGCUCGUCAAGUACUUCAUUCUAUGAAUAAAAUUUGCCAAGAUGAGAUCUUUCACACUGAGCCGCCUUCAAAAGAUAUACCCCCAGUUUAUUGCGGUCUUACUACUCUACAGUUGUGGUUACCUUCUGUUCCAGCGUUUCUUACAAUUUUAACUUUUCUUGGAGUAUCAUCUAUUUUUGGAAUUGGUUAUGCCAAGCGAUGUAAAGCUUAAAAAUUAUCGUAACAAUUGUCUCAAAUUUGCUUCAAGUGUUGAUGAGUCUGCCUAAUUUAAAGAAUAUGCUUUCGAUGUAAAAUUCAUAGCUCAAUUUCAUUAUCAUAGUCAAACCCUUAUCAUUUUUCGUAAUUGUGAAGAUUUUAACUUUGUUUUGUAUUACAAUUGAGACGUUUUCUUUUA